AAGGCGUGUGUCCUCCACAAUUCCUCUUCUCUCAUCAUCAUCAUCUCUUUCAUCCUUCUUCUUCAAACCAAACCUCAAUUCUUUUCUUUUCUUUUCUUUUUUUCCUUCCCAAAAAUGAAUCCCAACAAACUAAACCUAAGUAAUUUGGAGCAACAAUCUACUUUAGAGAUCCAAACAAAGGAAUUCGACUACUCGAAACGUGCACAAUGGCUACGCGCCGCGGUACUUGGCGCCAACGACGGUCUCGUCUCAACCGCGUCGCUUAUGAUGGGAGUUGGAGCUGUGAAGCAAGACAUCAAAGCCAUGAUCCUCACCGGUUUCGCCGGGCUAGUCGCCGGGGCGUGUAGUAUGGCGAUCGGCGAGUUUGUGUCUGUUUACUCUCAACUAGACAUUGAAAUGGCUCAAAUAAAAAGAGAGAAAUUACAAAGAAGUAGUAAUAUGGAAGGAGUAGUAGUACAAGGGCAAGAGAUCAGCAAAGAUGAAGAAAAACUACCAAAUCCACUCCAAGCAGCUGCAGCCUCUGCCUUGGCAUUCUCUUUAGGAGCAAUUGUCCCAUUGUUGGCAGCUUCCUUUAUAAGAGAAUAUAAAGUAAGGCUCGCGGUGGUCGUAGCGGCGGUGACGUUAGCUCUCGUCGUGUUCGGGUGGUUAGGUGCCGUCCUUGGAAAAGCAUCACCAAUCAAAUCGGCGACUAGAGUGUUGGUUGGAGGUUGGUUGGCUAUGGCUAUAACCUUCGGCUUGACAAAGCUAAUCGCAGCCAGUGGUCUCUAGCUAUAGUUAGUUAUGUUAAGUUAAGCUAGAACAACGCACAUAACGCACGUAACUGACGGUUUUAUACUACAGAUAAAAGGUGACGACAUUGAAUAAUUUUUUUUUUUUUAUAUUAUGUAUUAGUUGUCUUUAAAUUCAUCCAAAAACAAAAAGAGUGGAAAAAAAUCUAAAAAAUGUUAGUUUGUUUUGUGUACAUUUGAAAGGAAAAAAAAGUGGGUGGCGUGUAGAAUUCAUAAGUUUGUUUGAAUUAGAAAGAAAAGCAAUAACGCAAAAUCAAAAAGCUAAAAAAAAUGUUUUGUUUGAUGAA